AUGCAAGAGUCUUUAAAAGAUGAAAUUAUUCCAUUCACUGUUCCUUCAUUUAAUAAUAGUAUUUUUAUUGAAGAUGUAGAUGAAAAUGAUGAAAAUGAAAUGAUUGUAUUAUUUACAACAUUUGGAUUAUUAUAUAAAGCUAAUAGAUUAAAAAAUAAUCCAAGUACAAUGCAUUUUAUGUAUUUUAGUCAUAACGCAUGGAUUAAAUGUCAUAAUCAAUUAGGAAAAUAUUUUAAAAUUCAUUCAAAUAAAUAUGAAUUAAAAAUAUUUAAUCCAAAGAAAUUAACAAACAACCAACAUACAUUACGUUUGCCACAAAUGUAUAAUCUUUGUAAUUAUUAUAUUGGAUUUAAUGCUUGGUCAACAGAAAUUAUAUCAAUUACUUGUGAUUUUAAAGAUGAAAUACAAAGUAAUGGAAUAACAAAAUAUGUUUUUCAAUAUACAACAAUUACUCAAAUUAAUUUUAUUCAUUUUCCUAAUGUAAUUUGUAGAGGAUAUGGAAGAUCUAAAUAUACAGGAAAAGAUUAUAAUCGUGCUGAUAGAACUUGUAAAAAAUUUUCAGUUGCAUGUUCUCGUAAAGAUAUGUUUAAAAAACUUGUUAUUUGUAUUCUUGUAACUAUAAAAGAUGGUGUUUGUGAACAAAAAGCUGUUCCUACAACAAUAGAAAUUGGAAAACAAGAUGAGGAUGGAUUAAAUCAAUUAUUUAUUCAAAAUUAUGAAGAAGAUAAAGAUGAGCCAAAUGAAUUAAAUGACCAAGAUUUUGAAGAAUUAUUAAAAUUAAUUUAA